CAGGCCCAGCGAGGCCCCGCCCCCUGACGUCACGUGCCGUACCCGCGGUGCAUUGUGGGCCCGCAAAGAUGGCGGCGCUCAGUGCGGGAAGGACGGCGGCGGCGGGCCUCCUGCGUGCCCAGAGCCUCGGCGUGUGGCGGGGGCUCGGCACCUCGGCCUCCCUCCUGCAGCAAGCCCAGGCCAAGUCCCACAAUGGCAAGGCCGAGGGGACGUUCCAGGUGACGAUGCUGCCCGGGGACGGCGUGGGGCCGGAGCUGAUGCACGCCGUCAAGGAGGUGUUCAAGGCUGGCAAUGUCCCCGUGACCUUCGACGAGCACCACCUGAGCGAGGUGCAGAACACGGCGAGCGAGGAGAAGCUGGACAGGGUGGUGGAUUCCAUGAAGGAGAGCAAGGUGGCCCUCAUUGGGAAGAUCCACACGCCCAUGGAGUACAAGGGAGACCUGGCGUCCUAUGACAUGAGGCUCAGGAGGAAGCUGGACCUCUUUGCCAACGUGGUGCACGUCAAGAGCCUCCCUGGGUACCAGACCCGGCACAACAACCUGGACCUGGUGAUCAUCAGGGAGCAGACGGAGGGCGAGUACAGCUCCCUGGAGCACGAGAGUGUCAAGGGGGUGAUUGAGUGCCUCAAGAUCAUCACCAGGGCCAAGUCCCAGCGCAUCGCCAAAUUCGCCUUCGACUACGCCACCAAGAAGGGCCGGGCCAAGGUCACAGCUGUGCACAAGGCCAACAUCAUGAAGCUGGGGGAUGGGCUGUUCCUGCAGUGCUGUAAGGAGGUGGCUGAGCUCUACCCCAAGAUCAAAUUCGACACCAUGAUCAUCGAUAACUGCUGCAUGCAGCUGGUGCAGAAUCCCUACCAGUUUGACGUGCUGGUGAUGCCCAACCUCUACGGGAACAUCGUGGACAAUUUGGCCGCGGGGCUGGUGGGCGGCGCCGGCGUCGUGCCCGGCGAGAGCUACAGCGCCGAGUACGCCGUGUUCGAGCUGGGAGCUCGGCACCCCUUUGCCCAAGCCGUGGGCAGGAACAUCGCCAACCCCACGGCCAUGCUGCUGUCGGCCUCCAACAUGCUGCGGCACCUCAACCUGGAAUAUCACUCCAACAUGGUCUCAGAUGCGGUGAAGAAGGUGAUCAAAGGUGGAAAAGUCCGGACCCGGGACUUGGGCGGUUACUCCACCACCUCUGACUUCGUCAAGUCCGUCAUUGACAACCUGCACCCCCACUAUGGGGCUUAGGACCCCCAGCAGCUCCCCCAGCGCUCAGCCCCUCCCCAGACCCCUCCCCAGGCAGGAGGGAGCCCCAGGAACCCCAGGAAUCCUUUCCCUACCCCAUCCCCAGCAGGGAUUGCUCCGUGCAGGCAGCCAGGGCGGAUUCAGGGGUCAUGGGGUGGUUUGGGGGGAGUGGGGCAGUGCCCCAAACGUGCAGGCAGCUCUUAAGGACAUUGGGACCACCCACCAUGGUUCUGGGAUCCCAGUGCCAUGGGAUCCUGUGAUUGUGGGAUCCCCACUAUGGGAUCAUUGUGACCCUUGGACCAAUGGGACUGGGGAUCCCUGUGAGAACAGGAACUGUGGGAUCCCAAUCCCAUGGGGUUCCUGUCACUGGGAUUCCCAUUCUUAUGGGAUCAUUGAUUGUUGGACCAGUGGGAUCUCUGUGAGAACAGGAACUCUGGGAUCCCAAUCCCAUGGGAUUCCUGUCACUGGGAUCCCCAUUAUGGGAUCAUUGUGACUCUUGGACCAAUGGGAUUGAGGAUCCCUGUGAGAACAGAAACUCUGCCUGUGGGAACCCCAUGGAAUCCCUGGGACUGUGGGACCAGUGUGGCUUGUGGGAUUCUCAUGGGACCACAACUGUGGGACCAGUGUGGUUAUUGGGAUCCCUGUGCCCCCAUUCCUGUGGGAUCCAUCCCAUCCAGCUCUCAGCAAUAACCAGGGUGCCAUCCUCACCCUCCACCCCCUUGGCAGCUGCUGGCUCAGGGUCCCCGUGCAGGGACAGUCCCAGGCAUGAGGUGACCCUGCAACACUCCAGACUUGGGGCAGCGUGGGGAGCUGCACCCUGUGCCCCCAGCCCCUGGGGAGUUCCAGGGCUCUGCCCCCUCCCCCCUGUGCCCCCUGGGCCAGGCCUGGUGCCACCCCUGGGCUCUGGGGCUGUGCCAUCGUGUCGUGUGUGUAUUCCUGCUUUGCUAAUAAAGGGUCCAACGCUUC